CAAAUUUAGCCGAAGUUAGCCGUAUUAUAAAAUGGCCAACUGCAAUGUUGUUAGUGUCAGUCGUCGUUCAAUCAGCAAAUCAAAUUCACCAAAAACCACUCGCCGAGCCACGCAAAAUCACUCAAAAUGAGCAUCAAAAUGUGUUUGUUCGCUGUCGCCGUUUGCAGUUUGGCCGCCGUAUCAAUGAGCGCUCCUUCAGGCGUCGCUUUACCCCUUGCCGCUGCUCCCGUUGUUCCUGUAGCCGCUCCAGCCCCAGUGGUCACCGCUUACAGUUCCCAGUACGUGGCCAGGAACUACAACGGUGUCGUUGCCGCUCCGGCCGUCGUUCCUGCUGCGGCCUACGUGGGUUAUCCGCCCGUGUACGCGCCCGCCGCGGCCUAUCCCGGUCCGGUGGUCGAAGAUUUCCUGUUCUAAUGGCUCUUAACCACAACUUCCUCGUUUACAUAAUACAUAUUAUACUAUAACGCUAUUACCGUUGUGUGCUUACACACAACAACUGCAAUUGUCUGUACUUUCUCAUUCGGAACUAUUGUAAAAUAAUAAAAAAAACAUU